UGCGGCGCCAGUCCGGUGGGGGUCGGGGCUCUAGUCGGGGCCAUGGAGGGUGCGCGUCGCCACACCUCGGCUCGAGAGCGCUGCUAGGAGUUCCAGCGCCGCGGAGCGUGUCUUGUCGGCGCGAGUCUCGUUGACGUCGGCGCGCGUGCACCUGGCGGUCCGGUCCACACUUCCGCCCCUUUGGAUUACACCCGGCGCGUCCGUCAUGGAGCUGGACUCGUGGCUGGCGACGGCGUCCAUCCCAGCAUGUGUGACCUACAAUCGCCGGCCUCGGAAUUUGGGCAACAGCAGAUCGCGCGCGCCAACUGUGCCGCCCAGUGGCGAGCGGCGAGCACUUGGCGGGGCUGCUGACUCCGCAUUCGCGGUAUCGUACCGUUGUACGCGGCCGGCGUCAUUGCAGGUUGCAGAGUCAUCCCAAGCAAAAACGGCUUCCCGCAACACGUGACGGACCCCUUCCCGCACGGCCUCCACCACCCGAUGGCCGUGUCCGUGCCGCCCGCGCUGUCGCUGUCCACCAUGGCGUACUCGCUGGCGUCCAUCAAGACCGAGCACCCUGAAGACGGCCUCCCCGCGCAUGCCGAGGACGUGGACUGCUGCAAGGCCGAGGACGUCGCCGUGGACGUGGCCGUGGACGCGGUGGACGACGGCCCCGGCACCGCCACGGCCAUGGCCACGGCCUCCACCCCGGGGCCGAGCCAGCCGAGCGCGGCGCAGCAGCACCCCUACGUCUCCACGCUGCUGCGGUCGCCGCCGUCGCCCUACUCGGACACCCUGGGCGUCAAGGACAUCGUGACGAGUCGACAGGUGGCGCCAGCAUCGCCGACGUCGUCCACUGGCGCGCUCCCUCAGCUGCCCACCUCCACCAGCCAGCCGCCGCGGCCCGCUUCGCCGUCGACCACGGCGGCGGCCUCCGGGACGGCCACGACGACGAGCUCUGGAGGGCGGUCGUCGCCGAGCUCGUCCAGCUCGGAUCCCAACAACAAGCCGCCCUACUCGUACGUCGCCAUGAUCGCUAUGGCCAUCCAGAAGUCGAGCCAGAAGCGCGCCACGCUGUCUGAGAUCUACAGCUACAUCACCGAGACCUUCCCCUACUACGAGAAGAACAAGAAGGCGUGGCAGAACUCCAUCCGCCACAACCUCUCGCUCAACGAGUGCUUCGUGAAGGUGGCCCGGGAGGGCGGCGGCGAGCGCAAAGGGAACUACUGGACGCUAGACCCGCAGUACGAGAACAUGUUCGAAAACGGCAACUACCGGCGGCGGCGGCGCAUGAAGCGGCCCUACCGGCCCGCCAACCACUACGGCAAGGGGCUGUUCGGGGACUCGGCCUACCACGUCCACCACGGCCUGGGCGUGGCCGGCGUGCACCACCAGCUGUCCAUGGCGGGCAGCCUGCCGCACGCGCGCAACAUCUUCCCGCCGCCGUCCUACCAGGCGUCCUACACCCGGUACGAGCCCAGUGUGGCGGUUUGCAGCUCGGCGUGGGGGCUGCCCGUCCAGUCGCCGCCGCUCGCGUACUCCGCGUGCCAGGGCAGCAAGGUGCUCUCCCCGCACUCCUACUCGCAGGUUCCGUCCCAGCUGCAGAGCCAGCUGCAGCCGAUGCAGAGCAUGCAGAUCUCGUCCAUGAACUGCUACAACCAACUCGGUUCCAGUCUAGGGCCGACCGGACCCAGCAACAUGUCCAGCUUCACGGCCAGCUUCCCCGCCAGGAAGUACGACGCCCCCGCCGACGCCAUGCCGCGCUACCCCUACUGGCCGGCCACGGACGUCGUCAAGGACGAGCCCAACUCGGCGUUCUCGGGGAUGGACUUCCGGCCCAAGUGCUUCAUGUAGGAGAGCGCGCCCACCGCGCCCACCGCGCGACAGCGUCCCAGGGACCGACCAGGCCCCCUCACCAUAAGACUGAACCGGUCAGAGCGCCCCGCCGCGUUGCGCAGCGUAGCGCCCAUACGGUCCAUCGCGAGCCCUCUCUGGAGUCCCUCCAGUGCAGCAGCGCCGCGGCACUCAUCAUCGCAGGGCCCCCGAUUGUAGCCUCGCGCAGGGCCGCAGGGUAGCGCCACGACCGACCGCCGGUGCCACGAAUAUGUAAGCCUCUUUGUGUGAUAUGUACCCGACGACAGCGAAACAUGUUUCAUUUUUUCCCUGUCGCCUUUCUUCGUAGUAAAUGUCUGACGCGUGUGUUUGUGUGAGUGUGUGUGCGUGAGAGAUGAUGCGUGCGUGUGGUUUUAGUGAGAAGUGUUUCAUUUUUUAUUUUUUGAAGAGGGAGUGAAUGUUGUGUGUCCGAGAAGUGAUGUUAAUGUAAUUAAAACCAAAGCUAUGUUAGCGACCCUUUUCUCUUCCAACUAUUCAUUUCGUGGAGGUAUUAUAUUUCAAUGAUUUACUUUUGUAAAUUUUGUAGAAGCAUAACAUUGUGUAAAUUUUCGUAAGCAAAAUUUUGACUUUUACCGUUUGUUAACAAUUUUUGGGUAAUUUGUUCAAUUGGGUGAAUUUUGCUGUUUUGCCAGUUUUGGUGUUUCUUUUUUCAUUUUAUUUCUCCAUUUUACUGUAUGCAUAAUUAGCUUGAACGACCAGCAACCAGUAUUAUUGUCCUGCAAUCAUACUCACCAUACAUGUUGUAUUUAUUAUUCCUUUUUAAAAAUGUGAUGUAAAUCCCAGAAAAUCUCAGGUGAAAAAAAUAUUAAUAAACGUUCACUAAACUUGUAAA